AUGGCAGCAUUGCAAAUGAUUGUGAUUGGAAUUUUAGUCGCACUAGAAAUAAAACUAGCCCAUCAGCAUGUGGAGGCAAUUAUUGUGCCAGUGGAGCAAGGGCUGCUGGAAGGAGAACAGAAGUGGACAAUCACAGGAGACACAUUGUACUACAGUUUCAAAGGUAUCCCAUAUGCAUCACCACCCACUGGAAACUUGAGAUUCAAGGCUCCUCAACCAGCACUGUCAUGGAAAGGAAUACGAAACGCUACUGAACAUGGGAAUAUUUGCCCUCAAGUGGAUGAAUUUACUAAUAAAUUCAUACCUGGAAGCGAAGAUUGUCUAUUUCUAAAUGUGUAUACUCCAAAUUUAACUCCAGACUCUCUGUUAACUGUAAUGUUUUUUAUUCACGGUGGCGGCUAUGCAUUUGGUUCUGGCAAUGAUGAUAAUUAUGGACCCGAUUUUCUAAUAAACUCAAAUGUAGUUGUGGUGACAAUUAAUUAUAGACUGGACUCUCUUGGAUUUCUAUGCUUAGACACUAAGGAAGUGCCAGGAAAUGCAGGUAUGAAAGAUCAAGUAGCUGCAUUGAGAUGGGUGAAAACGAAUAUCAAAAACUUUGGUGGCGAUCCAAACGGUGUAACAGUCUUUGGUCAAAGUGCUGGUGGUUCAUCAAGUACUUUGCACGCAUUGUCUCCAAUGUCUAAAGGGCUCUUUCAAAGAGUAAUAGCUAUGAGUGGAGUACCAAUGAGUGUCUUUUCUGUGGAAUUUGAACCAAAACGCAGAGCUUUCGUUCUUGGCAAAAUUCUAGGUUUUGAGACUACAAACACUACAUCACUUUUAGAAUAUCUGCAAAGUGCAACUGUUGAUCAAUUAGUUGGCAAAAAUUUGUCUGUAAUAGCUGUUGAAGAUUACAUAAACAUUUACUUUAAAUCUUAUUUUGAACCAGUCGUGGAAAACGAUUUUGGUCAGGAAAUGUUUUUAACAGAGUCACCUAAUGUAUUAAUUAAAGAUGGCCGAAUACACGAUGUAGAUAUCUUGCUCGGAUAUACAACUGCUGAAGCAGUGGUUGGUCUUUUUAUGUUCGAAUCUACUCCUACGAUUGAAAAUUGCGAUAGAUACAAAGAAACUUUAGUGCCAGUAGAAGUUCUAUAUGCAAGUUCACCAAAGACGACAGUAGAAUUAGGAAAUUUAAUUAAAGAAUACUACAAUGGACCUAAGCCUUUGUCUGUGAAAAGGAUGACACAGUUUGUGAAAUAUGCAACAGAUGUAUAUAACUACAAUGUUAUUCGAUAUGCAAGGCAGCGAUCUAACUUUAGUGGUAACAGUAGCACAUACUUGUAUCAGUUCUCAUGUAUGUCCGAAAGGAAUGUUCUCAGCCAACAAGGUUUCAAAUAUGGAAUAAUUGGAGUUGCACACACCGAUGAUCUCAUGUAUGUGUUUAAUGCAAAUAAAUAUAAUUUGCCAGUAAUUAAGAAUGCAACUUCUUACACAAUGAUACAAAACACAUGCACGUUACUGACUAACUUCGCAAAAUAUGGAAAUCCCACACCUGGAUCAAAUCUCGGAGUGGAGUGGCCCAAAUACAAUAUGCAAACGCAAUUAUAUCUAGACAUUGGAGAGGAGUUAGUUGUGGGCACGAAACCAUUAGCUUCUAUGAUGGACUUUUGGGAUAGUGUUUAUAAACGAGCUGAAAUACCUUUUUGAUUUGAAAAAUACACAUGAUAUACGUAUACUAUUUUUAUUUUUAUUCGUACUAUAGAUUAAAUAAUAGGGAUGAUGACAGUUUUUUAAAUUGUAUACAAAUUAAGAGUAUAUAAUUAGCAAAGCAAUUUUGUAAAAGUAACAGGGUAUCUGCGAUCAUUACUUUCGGAGCUACAGGGAUUUAAAGGGUCAGAUUUGCGGCGCUGCCGCAGAUCCCUGAAAAACGCUCCAUACAAAAUGGCACGAUUUAGUGAGUGUCGUAGGCUCGCUGCUGAUUAGGUUUGUAUGGGCGUUCAAACAAAAUUACUUUUUGUUAUUUG